UGACACCGUCUUUCUGGAGGGUCUUGGACUUUGACAAAUUAACCGGACUAGAGAAGCUGGUGAUGAGUGAAUGCCCUCCCCCGCCGUUUGAUGGCCUCCGAAAGCUGCCGUCAACUAUAAAAUUCCUGGAGAUAUCAGAUUGGAACAGGGUUACUAGUGGGAAGGAACUAACACAAAUGCUCUGUUGUCUACCGAAGCUCUCGGAAUUGACAAUUAAAAGAUGUGGGAAGAUAACAGGGUUAGGUGUGGUGGAGCAGCUGAAGGAGGAGGAAACAGACGAAGCGUUGCUGCUCUUGCCUCCCCAACUACAGAAGCUGGAUAUUUGGGACUGCCCAGAGCUUAGCCUCCGAGCCGAUUCACCCUACGGCGGAAAUGGAGGCAGCCUCCAAGCUCUGUCCUCUCUCCAUUCCUUGGAUAUUGAUCAUUGCCCCAAGUUCCUCGCCUGCUAUUUGCCGUCGCCCUCUUCUUCUGGUUUCCCCUUCCCAACCUCGCUGCAAUCCCUCUUGCUUGAUGGCGUGGAGAAACUGGCGCCCCUCUCGAACCUCGCCUCUCUCGUUAACCUGCAAAUAUGGGACUGCGGGGGCUCCGAAGGCGCGGGCUUGCGGCGUCUCCUCGCGCACGGCUGCCUCAGCGAAUUAUUCGUCACUGGAACCCCCAAUUUGUUCUCCACUGAAUGUUGUUCAGAGGGCACCCUCGAACCCUCAUCGUCCCCUUCCACCAAACUGCAGUGGCUGGAGACGGAUGACGUCGCAGGAGUCCUUGCGGCACCCAUCUGCACGCUCCUCUCUUCCUCCCUCACCUGUUUAAGCCUUUGGCCUAAUGAGGAGAUGGAGCGCUUCACAGAGGAGCAGGAGGAGGCCCUUCAGCUCCUCACCUCCCUACAGCAACUCGACUUGUCAGAUUGCAACAAGCUGCAGUGCUUCCCGGCGGGGCUACAGAGACUGUCAAAUCAUUGUGUUUUGUGACACUUUAGCAGACAGUUCUAAUAAUAUUCCUUUUCCCCUUUU